AUGCAAUUUUACGACUGCUCUUAUCACAAUCCUCCUCCGCCAAAAUUGACGAAAGCCCAAAAGGAUAAAAAUCGAAGAAGGCAGUGGAAACGUGGCAGAAAAGUCGUUUUUCAACUUACAGAAUUAAUGAGUAGUUUAAGUACAAGAAACAUGUCUGGGAAACUUGAAAUACAGUGGUCUCCAAUAACUAAUAAAUUCAUAACUUGGGGAGCUGAAAUUGGGCUUUAUCAAAUCCUUCCUUAUAGGGAGGACUUGGAUUUGCCACCUACAGGUUUCAAGGUGUCUGAUACGCAUUUUGCUCAAGUAUUAACAACAAACUGUAAUUAUCACCUCGUUAGAAGCCUUGAUAUUUACCCAAAAUGCCAAAAAGACUUGUUAUUAGCCAUAGGCCUGGCAAACGGAAGAGUAGCAUUGACAACAUUUGGUCCUUCUGAACACGAUGCUGCUAAUCUUCCAGGAAAAGAGUUAGUUCCUAGACAUAGCCGUUACUGCAACGCAGUACUUUUCAAUCCUGUCGAACAUAAUAUACUCGCCGCUGGCCUGGAUAAAUACAGGGCAGAUAGCUCCAUUUUGAUAUGGGACAUAAAUAAGUUUAAUUCAAACAACGAACCGACCAGCUCGGGCAGAAUGGCAGUGAAUACGAUGGCACCUGCUGUGGAAUUAGCUAAACCGGUAGCAGAGUUCGCAACAUCGGAUGUGACCUUUAGCCUGGCCUGGUUUUAUGGCUCGAAUAGAGUGUUAGCAGCAGGAAUGAAUUCGAAGAAUAUUAAGAUCUUCGAUUUACGAGAUCAAAAUAAAAUCGUCAAUUCCACCACGACUAAAGCAGUUUUUGGAGUUUGUACGAAUCCUAACGAUGACACAUACUUGGCUUCUUAUGUCGAAAAUCAAAUUUACCUUUGGGAUAUGAGGAAUUUCGAAAAAUCCGUUGUUACUAUACCGCAAACAAAGCCUGUUGUGAAAAUAGCUUGGAGUCCAACAAAGUACAGUUCAUUGGCGUCCCUUCAACGAGAAAGCUCCGUUAUUAAUCUGUACGAUAUUAAACAAACAGUAGUUAGUAAUGAAGAACUCGAGCCGAAUAUUAUGGAUCGAAUUGUAAUUCCCGGUUCGAAUCAUAACAUAACUUCCUUUUCCUGGCAUGCAACUGACGAAAAUCGACUUUUAACUAUAGCAGUAUCGGGUGCUAUUAAAGACUACACUGUUUUCGAUAGGAUUACAGUAAAUUGGUCUACUAAUACUAUAGUUUGGUCUCAAGGAAGGAAAUCUCUUAGAUAUUUAGAAGACUCUUUUGUAGAUGAUGUUUCUGCUCGAAUCAAAGAGAGAGCUAAACAGCGAUAUGGAGUUCAGGAGGAAUUCGCGAAGAACGGCGAACUGGUAAAAGACAACCUGUCAUUGGCCAACGUUUGGAAUUGGCUACAAUUAACUGUGAAAUUAAAAGAAGGGGGUAUUCUACCCGAAGGGGAGGAUAACCAUCCUGGAGUCCUUUCGAUAUUAUCGAAUAUCGAUCCCGUUCAAAAUAAGUCCGAAGUCGUGACGAUGGCUUGGAGCGAAUUGGGUUAUCCAAAUUGCCAGACUUCAAUUGUGUUUUAUAGACACGAAGACAGAGAUAAAGCUCUACAGCUGUGCAGCUGGCCGCUGGAACGAGAUUCCCAAUACAUGACCGACUUCCUAACUACUUUAGAAACGGCCAAAGCUUACACUAGAGCAGCUACUAUAGCAGUGCUCAACCUCAAGCUGGAAUUAGCCAUGGAUAUAUUAAACAGAGCUCCGGACGACACCGAUUAUGGCUCAACAUUAAACAUCGUAGCGAUGGCACUAUCGGGUUUCUCAGACGAUCCCGUUAGCGUAUGGAAACAGAACUGCUCCGCUUGCAUUCAACGCAUGACCGAUCCCUACUUGAAAGCCAUGUUCAAUUUUCUGACAGCCAUUGACGAUAAUUACGACGAUGUAUUGAACGAAAAAGGAAUGGCUGUGGAUGAUAGAGUGGCGAUAGCUUGCUUGUAUCUGCCCGAUGAUAAAUUAUUGGAGUAUAUGAAGAAAUUGGGCGACGAGCUGUGCAAUGAAGGAAAUUUAGACGGGCUUUUAGUAACAGGUAACAGCGAAAACGGGUUAAAACUAUUGCAGAAAUACUUGGAUAACACUGGAGACAUCCAAUCGACUACCGUAAUUGCAUCGAGGGCGUUUCACGAGUAUUUGGGCUCGCACACCGUCAAAAACUGGAUAGAAAAUUAUAGGGAUAUUUUGAACAGUUGGAAAAUGUUCCACGAACGAGGAGACUUCGACAUAAUGCUGGCGUCCUUUAAAAACGCCGAAAAACCCGCCCAACAGGUGUUCGUUUCGUGCAAUUUUUGCGGGAAAAGUAUAUCGGCUUUCUUGCAAAACGCCGAAAGGAAUCGGCAACUCCACAAAACUUCGAGCAAAACAAAGUUAUCAUCGUGUCCAAACUGCAGGAAACCGUUACCGAGAUGUACCAUUUGCUUGCUAUACAUGGGCACAAAUAGCGGAGAUAUAUCGGGGAGUAAAAGUACCCCGUUUGAUUCGUGGUUUAGUUGGUGUCAAACUUGCAGGCAUGGCGGUCACUCUGCGCAUAUUUGUACGUGGUUUGAAGAGCACCAAGAAUGUCCUGUGAGUGGGUGUAAUUGCAAGUGUUUCAGUGUAGAUGCUUUCGCGGGACCCCCAUGA